UGAUUUUAUUUCCCUUUUCUUUUCACUCUAACUAGUAGCAGGAGCUACUGCCAUGCUUCAGAAAGAUUAUGUUUGAAUACAGACUAAAUCAGCGCAGACCCUUGACUGGCUUAAUCUUUGCUUGCAAAUGACAAUGCAGUGAAACCAAAGGGGAAAAAAAUUACUUCUUUUCCUGUUGGAAACCUAAUAAGUAGUUAGUCUGACCCAGUUUUCAAUAAGAGAGAUUUUCUGAUGACCCGACAGUAGUGACUAUCUGUAGUCAAAGAAAGGAGGAUGAAUUUAAUCUUUCAUGCCACUGGAAUGGCAGCUGCUCUCAGUGCUCUCUGAUUCUGUGAAGGAUGAUGAAGAUAGAGCUGGCUUUCAAUGUGGGGAGAAUUUUCCUUUUGAAUAUUCCAAACGGGAGCUUUGCACAUGUGCCUCAAGAACUAAUUGUCUAGGUUCCGUCAGGAAUGCAGCAGGAGAGGAGCGUAUUUCAUGCUUAAGACCAGAGAGGAGCCACGCAGUACUCAGUGGAUAACAGGCUUGCAGUCCCAGCUGGGAAAAAAGAGUCCCAUUAUCUCCCAGCUGCAUAGACAUUCCAUACGGCUUGGUUCUGCCUGGAUGCACGGCAUGCCUGGCUGAGGGCUUGAAACAGAGUUCUGCAGAAAAAUUGUAAAGAUCCUGAGACAUUUCCCUGGUUAAGAUCUACUCUUAAAAUACAGACUAGAAGAUAGACUUUUUAUUCCUGCUGAUUAUAUGGAAGAAAUUUUUGACCUCAUAAAGUGGAGAUGAGGUUGCUAUGGAAACUGGUAAUUCUGCUGCCACUCAUAAACUCUUGUGCAGGAGAAGGCUGGUGGAGCCGACCUAUUUUUACCCAGGAGCCACAAGAUGUCAUUUUUCCUUUGGAUUUAUCACGAUCUGAAAUCAUCCUGAAUUGUGCUGCUAAUGGUUACCCUUCACCCCAUUAUAGGUGGAAGCAAAAUGGUUCCGAGAUUGAUUUUACCAGGAAUUAUCGCUACAAGCUGGAUGGAGGCAGAUUGGCCAUUAGUAGCCCACGCACAGGUGAAGAUAUUGGCACAUACCAGUGCCUGGCCACCAAUCUCUUGGGUACAAUUCUGAGUCGGAAGGCGAAACUCCAGUUUGCAUAUAUUGAAGACUUUGAAACCAAAACAAGAAGCACAGUGUCUGUUCGAGAAGGUCAAGGCGUAGUGCUUCUCUGUGGGCCACCACCACAUUUUGGAGAUUUAUCUUAUGCAUGGACCUUCAAUGAUAACCCUCUUUAUGUCCAAGAAGACAACAGGCGGUUUGUAUCUCAAGAGACAGGAAACUUGUACAUCGCCAAAGUAGAACCAUCAGAUGUAGGCAACUACACUUGCUUUGUAACAAACAAGGAGGCCCAAAGAAGUGUUCAAGGUCCACCCACUCCUUUAGUGCAGCGCACUGAUGGUGUGAUGGGGGAAUAUGAACCAAAGAUUGAAGUGCGUUUUCCUGAAACUAUACAAGCUGCAAAGGAUUCAUCUGUAAAACUGGAAUGCUUUGCCCUUGGCAAUCCAGUACCUGAUAUUAGUUGGAGAAGGUUGGAUGGAAGCCCAUUGCCAAGGAAAAUCAAGUACAGCAAAUCCCAAGCUAUCCUUGAAAUCCCGAACUUUCAACAGGAGGAUGAAGGCUUCUAUGAGUGCCUUGCAGGAAACCUUCGAGGAAGAAACCUUGCAAAGGGUCAACUCAUUUUCUAUGCCCCUCCAGAGUGGGAACACAAAAUCCAAAAUACAUAUCUCUCUAUCUAUGACAAUUUGUAUUGGGAAUGCAAAGCUAGUGGAAAACCAAAUCCUUGGUACACAUGGCUAAAAAAUGGUGAACGCCUCAACUCAGAGGAGAGAAUUCAAAUAGAAAAUGGGACACUCACCAUAACGAUACUGAAUGUGUCAGAUUCUGGUGUCUACCAAUGUGCUGCAGAAAACAAAUAUCAGAUAAUUUAUGCUAAUGCAGAAUUGAGAGUAUUAGCCUCUGCUCCGGAUUUCUCCAAAAGUCCUAUCAAAAAAAUUUCUAUUGUUCAAAUUGGUGGGGAUAUUUCUAUUGAAUGUAAACCAAAUGCUUUUCCCAGAGCAGCUAUCUCAUGGAAAAGAGGAUCAGAGAGCCUGAGACAAAGUAAAAGAGUAUUUCUCUUGGAGGAUGGAAGCCUCAAGAUACAUAAUGUUACCAGAUCAGAUGCUGGGCCAUAUACAUGUAUAGCAACAAAUCAGUUUGGCAUUGCAAAGAACACUGGCAGUCUCAUCGUAAAAGAGAGGACUAUUAUUACUGUCCCACCUUCUAAAAUGGAUGUCACAGUUGGUGAGAGUAUUGUCCUACCUUGCCAAGUGUCCCAUGACCCCUCCAUUGAAGUUGUAUUUGCAUGGUCUUUCAAUGGAAAUAUCAUAGACUUACAAAAACAAGUGGCUCAUUUUGAAAAGAUUGGAGGAGAAUCUGUUGGGGAUUUGAUGAUAAGGAAUAUUCAGUUAAGUCAUUCAGGAAAAUAUCUCUGCACAGUACGAACAACUCUAGAACGUUUAUCUGCUGUUGCUGACAUCAUUGUUAGAGGUCCCCCAGGUCCCCCAGAGGAUGUGAGAGUGGAGCACAUUUCCAGCACUACCUCUCAGAUAAGCUGGAGACCAGGCCCUGACAAUAACAGUCCCAUUCAGAUAUUUACUGUGCAGACUCGGACACCGUUUUCUGUGGGUUGGCAAGCUGUUGCGACAGGUGACACAGUCCCAGAAAUUCUCAAUGGUCAGACAUACAAUGCAACAGUGGUUGGUUUGAGUUCUUGGGUGGAGUAUGAAUUUCGUGUUGUUGCCGGUAACAGCAUUGGGAUUGGAGAACCAAGUAAACCAUCAAAACUGUUAAGAACUAAAGCAUCAGUUCCUGUCCUGGCACCGGUAAACAUCAAUGGAGGUGGAGGAGGUCGAUAUGAGCUCGUCAUUACGUGGGAGUCAAUUCCAGAAGAACUACAGAAUGGAGAAGGAUUUGGAUAUAUCGUCAUGUUCCGGCCCGUUGGUUCUACAGCUUGGACCAAGGAAAGAGUACCACUUGUAGAAUCAUCAAAGUUUGUUUACAGAAAUGAAAGCAUCAUGCCUCUCUCUCCCUUUGAAGUCAAAGUAGGUGUAUACAAUAAUGAAGGAGAAGGACCCCUGAGUACCGUGUCCAUUGUCUACUCUGGAGAAGAUGAACCUCAGUUGGCCCCAAGAGGAACAUCUUUGCAGAGUUUCUCUGCUUCUGAAAUGGAAGUUUCUUGGAAUGCUAUUGCCUGGAAUAGAAACACUGGAAGAGUGUUGGGCUAUGAGGUAUUAUACUGGACUGAUGACUCCAAGGAAUCCAUAAUUGGUAAAAUUAGAGUCAGUGGAAAUGUUACAAACAAAAGCAUCACAGGGCUGAAAGCUAAUACAGUUUACUUUGCUUCUGUGAGAGCUUACAACACUGCUGGAACAGGGCCCUCAAGCCUCCCAGUCAAUGUCACCACCAAAAAGUCUCCUCCAAGCCAACCACCAGCAAACAUUGCCUGGAAGCUGUCAAACUCUAAAUUGUGCUUGAACUGGGAGCAUGUAAAAACUAUGGAAAAUGAGUCUGAGGUUUUGGGCUACAAGAUUCUGUAUCGGCAAAACAGACAGAGUAAAACUCAUAUUUUGGAAACAAAUAAUACAUCAGCUGAACUGCUGGUUCCAUUUGAAGAAGACUACUUGAUUGAAAUAAGAACUGUCAGUGAUGGUGGAGAUGGAAGCAGCAGUGAGGAGAUUAGGAUUCCAAAAAUGUCAAGUUUGAGUUCAAGAGGAAUUCACAUCUUAGAACCUACUGCCCAUUUCCUGCCAGUUGUUGUUGUGACUUUUUACUGUUUUGCUAUUGAUCCACUUAUAAGAUGAAUAAAACCAUAAAUCUACAGAAGUUUUCUGAAAGCAAAUCAUUCUUUAAAUAUGCUGUCCAACCUCUGUCACAAGGCACAUUCUUAAUACAGACUUGUUUGGAAAGAAAAAAAUGUAUAUUAUUAAGAUCUUGUAAAUAUCUGUGGUACAUUAAUAAAACAAUUUUAAACACUUUUGAA